AUGUCCCGUAAAGUUCCAACACGGCCCUCAGGCCUCCUCCGGACCAGCGCUCCACCAGAGGAAAACGAGAGGGAGGGACAGGCCUCGAGUUCUGGGUGGCGGUGGGCCAGGGAGUGCCCCGCCCACCCACUGGGGCACCCUGCCAGGCACAGCCAGGUCCCCGUGCCCGAGCAGCUCACACAGUGGCCCCCACCGAGAGCCGGUGGGAGAUGCAGACCGCUGACUCAGGAGGAGGGCCAGGAAGAGACGGUCACCAUGGCCCUCAGCCCUGGGCAAGCACUCACCCGUGUGAGCCUCAGGCGAGAAGACAGCGUGGGGGAUUCCCCGCGGAGAGCCCGACAGACCUACCUCAGGGGUUUCUCCUCCUUAAAAGACUCCCCAGUUAAGUUAAAGCUAAGGGGACGUUCCUGUGGAAUGAAAUGGAGAGGGACAGCCCAAGUUCAGGCCGCGGCGGCAGCAAGGGAGCCCCAGGAGGCCGGUCACUCGGAGAGAGAACCGGCGGGGGACGUCGGUCUCCACGGCCACGCCCCUUCUCCGACGUGCCUCCUCCGGCCUCCAGGUUCCCCCGCGAGCCCGACGCCUCGGGCACCCCCCGGGUCCCCCUCAGCCUCCCGGGUCUCCCGUCCGGGACAGCACCCCAAGGACCCCUCCAGGCGUUUAGGGUCCCCGCCUACGACCGAGUCCGCCGAGGCCCAGCAGCCACACAAAGGACCCGGGAAACGCCGGAACGCUUACCUGGCCGCCAGCGUCCGCGCAGCCCGCGCAACCCGCGCCGCCGCCGAGGGAGGGGCUGCCGGGAGGGGCGGGGCCAGGGGCGGGGCCGCGCAGCGCCCACAAAGGGUCGCCGUGGAGCCGGCCGCCCCGCCCGCUGAUUGGCCGGGGGCGGGGGCGGGGCCUCAGGUUCAAACCGUGGGCGGGGCCUGGCGCGCGAGUUCCCGCGCGGCCGCGUUGGCCGUUGGGCCCUCGCCCCAGGCCGCCCGGCUCCGGGCGGCUCCCAGGUCUCCGCGCGCGGCCCCAGUGCGCCUGCGCCGUCCUCGCGAGGGGCGGGGCGCGAGAUGA